CCCCAAUACACGUUUGGAAUAUAUUCAUUAUACAUUUUGGCAUUUUGCUCAUCUCUUUGUACUCUUUUCCUGCAAAAUACGAGAAACAUGAAACUCUUUCUUUUCCUUUCUUUAGGUGCUCUCAUGUUACUUGAAACAUCCGGUAAUAGCCAUGAAACUGAUAAGCAAGCCUUACUGAAAUUCAAGUCUCAAGUUUCUAAGGAGAAAAAAGUUCUGCUGUCCUCAUGGAACAACUCCUACUCUCUCUGCCAAUGGACGGGAGUUACAUGUGGCCGCAAACACAAGAGAGUUACUGCUUUGGACCUUGGAGGAUUCCAAUUGGGUGGAGUGAUAUCACCAUUUAUUGGUAACCUUUCAUUUCUCAUAUCACUUGAUCUCCCUGAUAACUAUUUUGGUGGAAUCAUCCCUCGGGAACUGGGAAACUUGUUUAGACUUCAAUACUUGAAUAUGAGCUUAAAUUUUCUGGAAGGAGGGAUUCCAGCCAGUCUGUUCAACUGUUCUAGAUUGUUGGCCUUUGAUUUAUUUUCAAAUCAUCUUGCACAAGGUCUUCCGUCAGAACUAGGAUCACUGAUGAAGCUUGUCUACUUAGACCUUAGUACAAACAACCUGAAAGGAAAACUCCCUGUAUCUCUAGGAAACUUGACAUCUCUCAUAGAACUUUCCACUGCAGAAAAUUAUCUAGAAGGCGAAGUUCCUGAUGUCAUAGCUAGAUUGACUCAAAUGGUGGUUUUUGCAUUAGAUACAAACCAUUUCUCUGGUGUUUUUCCUCCUGCAAUUUACAAUUUGUCUUCACUUCAGUAUUUGGGCAUGUUUGAUAGUGGUUUCUCUGGGAACCUGAGUCCUGAUUUUGGUAAUUUGCUACCAAACCUUCGAUAUUUGUCUCUCGGAAGUAAUUCUUUCACAGGAGUCAUUCCAUCAACACUUUCAAAUAUUUCAACUCUUGAACGUUUGGGCAUGGAGCUGAACAGUCUGACAGGAAAUAUUCCUCCGAGCUUUGCAAAACUACAAGAUCUGCAAGAUCUAGCCCUUAGUUACAAUUCUUUUGGAAGUUCUUCAGCUGGGGAUCUUGAAUUUCUUGCUGCUUUGACUAACUGCACCCAACUGCAAAACUUAGAUGUGGGAUUCAACAGGCUUGGGGGUGACUUGCCCGCUUCCAUUGCCAAUCUGUCAAUGAACCUCAACCAGUUAUUUCUUCAAAACAAUUUCAUAUCUGGGAGCAUUCCUGAUGACAUUGGGAAUCUCAUAGGGCUACAAACAUUUUGGUUGACCAACAAUCUAUUGAAAGGACCAAUCCCAGCCUCUUUUGGGAAACUUCCAGGAUUGGUGAAUUUUGGUGUCUAUGCAAAUAGAAUGUCAGGAGAGAUACCAUAUUCUUUUGGCAACAACACUCGGUUAGAAAAAAUUUAUCUGUACAACAAUAGUUUUGAAGGAAUCAUUCCUCCAAGUCUUGGUAAAUGUAGCUAUUUGCUAUAUUUACUUAUCAAUAAUAAUCAGUUAACUGGUGUUAUACCUCAAGAGAUUUUGCAAAUUUCAACCCUUGUUUCUCUUAGCAUGUCAAAUAAUUCAUUGACAGGCUCUCUACCAGAAGAUUUUGGACGACUUGAAAAUCUUGGUAAUUUAUCUGUUGCUCAUAAUAAGCUAUCAGGAAAACUUCCAAAGUCUUUAGGAAAGUGUCUCUCAAUGGAAAAACUUGAUCUGCAAGGAAAUUCUUUUGAUAGAACCAUUCCAGAUAUAAGUGGGUUGGUGAGUAUUAAGGAGGUUGAUUUCUCAAGCAACAAUCUCUCUGGAAGAAUCCCUGAAUAUUUCGCAAACUUUCGCUUGUUGGAGUAUCUCAAUCUAUCCUUCAACAACUUCGAGGGAACUGUGCCAACAGAAGGAAAAUUCAAAAAUGCUACUAUUGUCUCAGUAUCUGGAAACAAGAAACUUUGUGGAGGCAUCUUGGAACUGCGACUAAAGCCAUGUUUUACACAACCACCAAGAAAUUCAAAAAAGAAACUUGUGAUUGGGGUAAGUAUAGGCAUAUCUUUGCUUAUGCUUGUGUUCAUAGUUUCAGUUUCUCUUUUUUGGUUAAAAAGCAGAAAGAAGAAAAAUACCAAUGAAGCAACUCCUUCCACCUUGGGGGCUUUUCAUGAAAUGAUAAGUUAUGGAGAUCUUCGGAAUGCGACAGAUGGCUUUUCUUCGAGUAAUUUGAUCGGGUCUGGCAGCUUUGGUAGUGUGUUUAAAGCAUUGUUUCAUGCUGAGAACAAGGUUGUUGCUGUGAAAGUUCUAAACAUGCAGAGACGCGGAGCAAUGAAGAGCUUUAUGGCAGAAUGUGAAUCCCUAAAAGACAUUAGACAUCGCAAUCUUGUGAAACUAUUGACAGCUUGUUCGAGUAUUGAUUUCCAAGGAAAUGAAUUUAGAGCUCUAAUCUAUGAGUACAUGCCAAAUGGAAGCUUGGAUAUGUGGCUGCAUCCAAAGGAAUUUGCAGAGAUUUCUAGACCCUCAAGAACGUUGACACUUAUGGAAAGGCUUAACAUAGCGAUAGAUGUGGCUUCUGUUUUGGAGUAUCUUCAUAUUAGUUGCCAUGAAGCUAUUGCUCAUUGCGAUAUUAAACCAAGCAACAUUCUUUUAGACGAUGAUUUAACCGCCCAUGUUAGUGACUUUGGUCUUGCUAGGAUCCUUCUCAAAUUUGACCAGGAAACCUUCAUUAACCAACUUAGCUCAGCUGGAGUUAGAGGAAGCAUCGGCUAUGCAGCACCAGAAUAUGCAAUGGGAGGAGAAAUAUCAGUACAUGGUGAUGCAUAUAGCUUUGGGAUUCUCAUUUUUGAAAUGUUCAGUGGAAAACGACCAACUGAUGAGAUGUUCGGAGGAGACUAUACCCUCCGUAGCUGCGUCCAGUCUGCAUUGCCAGAGCAAGUUUUGGAUGUGGCAGAUGAAUUGGUUCUUAACAACGGCCUUAGAAUUGGCUUCCCUGCUGCUGAGUGCUUGACAAAGGUUUUAGAAGUGGGACUUGGGUGUUCUGAAGAGUCUCCAGCAAACCGGAUGGGAAUGAGUGAGGUUAUAAAAGAGUUAAUCUCAAUCAAGGAGAGGUUCUUCAAAACAAGAAGAGGAGCUAGACGUUGAAGUGUGUUUUGUAUGCUUGCUCCACUACAAACUGGAUGAAGGCUUGUAGAUGUAUAAUAUUUCUUCAUAAUUAUGCUUUGAAUGUUUUCAACAGAAUGCUAUGUUAUUAGCAGCCAAAAGAUGAAUUUUGUGUUAACAAUUUAAUAUUUGUAAUUUGGAAUUUCUAUCAGUAAAAAAUUGCUUUAGCAAUUUGAUAAUUA